UAUCAUUCUGACGACAAAAACACUUAACAAAUCGACUAUUCAAAUAAAACUAAGCUUUUUCACCAAAGCCGUGUAUUUAUCCAAAUAAAUAUUUACGAAAAGAAAAUACGACAAACUUGAAUUAUCAAAACAAAACAGAUAACGUAACGACUCGACUAAAACCACCCGGUCUAUCUAUCCGGAUUCUAUCUCGAGUCCUCGGACUGAAACGUGACACCUUGGGUGAAAGAGGCGGGACUUGAACUCCGGCCCAGCCUUUCAGGUUCACAAACAGGUUUCAUGCCACGGGUGGAGUUUAUAUUUGUCAUCCAGUCUGGGUGGAAAGACCACUCCCUGCCUUUUCACCUUCUCGGCUGCUCUGACUCCAACCACUCUCCCGCUCCUUCUCGGUCCGCUCCACGCUGCUCUCUCCUCGGUCAUGUUCCGCUGUGGAAUCGCGUACCCCCGGUGCAGGUGGAUCGUUCCUCUGCUGCUGCUGUUCGCUAUUAUUUUCGACAUCAUCGCCAUUGCGGCCACUUCCGGUUGGGUGGAGGACGAAGACGCCAAGUCUCACUACGCCAGUAUGUGGGAACAGUGUCGGGGCCGGAACCAGCAGUGGGACUGUAAGUCCCUGAUGGAGUUCUCCUGGGCUCAGGCAGUGGCUGCUCUGAUGAUCAUCGGCCUCAUCAUCCUCAUCAUCGCCUUCAUCGUGUCCUGUGUGGCUCUGUGCUGCACGCUCAACAUCUCUCUGCUGCCCCUGAUAGGAGUGCUGCUCAUUGUUGUUGCGAUCCUCCAGAUCAUCGCUCUGAUCAUCUACCCCGUCAAGUUCAACGACCUGAUCUUUGAGGGUCAUUAUUACUACACCUGGGCCUACGGCUUCGGCUGGGGCGCCACCAUCCUCUGCAUCGGCUGCUCUGUUCUCUUCUGCUGCCUGCCGCGCUACGAGGACGAGCUGACCGGCCUGGCCAAGACCAAAUACAUCUAUUCUUCAGCCUGAAGAGGCCACCUGACCCUCUCCACCAAUCACAGCCCUCUUCUCUUUGUCUGGAUCUGAAUCCUUUUUUGAAUUCCAGCCUCCUGACAUCCCAGUGUUAGCGCUCCCUGCCGUCAUUCUUUAUUUUAGUCCAAAUAUUCCACAUUCCUCCUGACCUUUGACCUGGCAUCACUAACUGAAUGGAAGUUUACCCAAGUGCACUUACCAGAGGGAGGUCUUUAUCAGUAGAGUCCAGUCUUUAUCAGUAGAGUCCGGUCUUUGCCUUAAUUAACUUUUAAAAAUGUUGAAAAACUAAUGUAAAAAAAAAAUCAACUUAUCAUUUGAUUUUGUUCUCCCGACUGUUGGAGUGGAUUUGUCUCCACGACGCUUCAGUUUGGAUAUAGCUGUACAUCAGGUGAAUUCUAAAGGAAGACCCAGUGGGGGGGGGGGUUUCUAUGUGGGAAUGUUUUUGUACUCGUGUUUGCAUCUUUUGUGCUGUUUUUAUUUUGACUUUCCAGGAUUGCUGUAAUAGUCACUGACCGUAGCACCGACAUGAUUUGGACGGGGACUUUCUUUUGUUGUUUUUAUGUCUAUAAAAACGUAAAUAUAUAAAUGUUUUAAUUUUCUCUCUCAGCUGCAGAUGGUGUUUGUCAGACAGAUGGAUUUCUUCUACUUUGAUUAAUUGGAUUUAGAUUUUUUGAAAAGAAAGAACAUCUGAUUCUGUGUGUGGGUUUAGUGUUGUGUUGUUGUUUUCUACCUUUUACACUUUUACACUUUUACUAACACACUCACGUGUUAUGUUUCUUAAUAUGUAUUAGGUUCAAAGUUGCACAUUAAAGCAUUUCGUUAGUGGAUGAAUAAUAAUAAAUAAUAAUAAUAAUAAGUGGGAUUUAUUUAGUGCCUUUCUUUAAAAAAAAACAACCCCAAGGUGGCAAAAGAAAAACAAAUUUAGGGUUGAUUGGAGAGUUCCAGGGAGUGGCUGUGGUGACACCAUGUUGUUCAAAAACAACAUGGAAUCGUGUGGUGGUUUGAUCAUCGGAGUGACUAAUCUUUUCAUCUGUAUCUACGUUCAAAGUCUUUCUGAUCAGACGACUUCACUGGAACAACGGUUGUGAGUCCUGAGCCGAUCCAGGUCCACGCCCCAGAGAAAAGCCACAUCUGUCUGUUAGCUCUGAUUUUCCUGAUGUUGAUGUUUCUGAAUGAUAGACACACAGUUUGUGGAAAGGGUUAAAGAGUUUGAAUGUAGUGUGUGUGUGUGUGUGUCAUAAAUUCUCUUUGUGGACACACCCAGAGACACACCCUGAAACACUCCUCAGCAAGUUCUAACAAAUCUCUGGUGUCUAUCUCCCUGGGUGGAGACAAAAACAUGACACAUGGCUGAGAAAUACUGACAACAGGUUCGACCAGCGACGGUCAGAGGAGAAGAUUUGAACAUCUGAUGGUUCAAACAAACACCUGUCUGUAAACAAGACAUGCAGGUGACCAACGGGGUCAAAGGUCAGCUGUUGAGGUCAGGUCAGAUCAGGAUUUACUGUGGCUGCUGAGGUCAUUUCCUGUAUGUGAGUAAAGGCCAGGUUUGUCUCCAGGUGUCCUUCAGUUCAUGAAGAAACUAAUCUAAAAAUACCUUCUCAACAGCGUGUUAGCACUGACCAUGUGACUUCACGCCCUACAGCAGUGGUACCACAGCUUGAGAACCACUGCCCUACAGCACAAAUAAAACAAUUUAUUUUUA